CAAUGAGUUCUCCCACAGGAUCUGUUCUAAGCACAGAGGACAGUCAAUCAGUUCCCAGCCCGGCCCCAGGCCCUGCUCCCAACCCUCUCCUUUUGUGCAGAGUGUGCGGUGACAGCAGCAGUGGAAAACAUUAUGGCAUCUUUGCCUGUAACGGUUGUAGUGGCUUCUUCAAGAGGAGUGUUCGCAGGAAGCUCAUAUACAGGUGCCAGGCUGGCACAGGACUGUGUCCAGUAGAUAAAGCUCAUAGAAACCAGUGCCAAGCCUGCAGACUAAAGAAAUGCCUUCAGACGGGUAUGAACAAGGAUGCUGUCCAGAAUGAGCGUCAGCCUCGUAGUACAGCUCAGAUCCGCCUUGACAGUAUUGACUUGGACACAGAUAGCCGCUCUGAACACUUAGCCACUACACGGGAUCCUCCUCCUUCCUGCCCACAAGGCAACAAUCUCAGAACCCCAAUCCCUAGUGCCAUAUCAGGAACUCUAAGCCCCCCGCACAACCACCGCUUCAUGGCUAGCUUGAUGACAGCAGAGACAUGUGCCAAGCUGGAGCCAGAAGAAGCUGAUGAGAACAUCGAUGUUACAAGUAAUGAGCCAGAGCGAACCCCAACUGACUUUCAGAUAUCAGGAUUUCCAACGUCUAGCCCAGAAGGAGUGUAUGAAACUUCAGCUAGGCUUCUCUUCAUGGCUGUAAAAUGGGCUAAGAACCUUCCAGUUUUCUCCAAUCUUCCAUUCCGGGACCAGGUUAUCCUUCUGGAAGAAGCAUGGAGUGAAUUAUUUCUUCUAUGUGCCAUUCAAUGGUCUAUGCCUCUUGACAGCUGCCCUCUGCUCUCUGUACCAGACUUGUCUAGUCAAGUUCAUGGAAAAUCUGUGUCUUCCACCAUAGAUGUUCGAAUUCUUCAAGAAACAAUUAGUCGGUUUAAGUCACUCAAUGUUGACCCAACAGAAUUUGCCUGUUUGAAAGCUGUUCUGCUCUUUAAACCUGAAACAAGAGGCCUGAAAGACCCUGAACAAAUAGAAAACCUUCAAGACCAAUCUCAGAUGAUGUUGGCCCAGCACACAAGGAAUCAAUACCCAGCCCAGCCCGUUAGGUUUGGGAAGCUUUUGCUCCUUUCUCCAUCACUGCGAUUUAUUUCAUCUGAACGUAUUGAGCUGCUUUUCUUCCACCGGACCAUAGGAAACACUCCAAUGGAAAAACUGCUUUGUGAUAUGUUCAAGAACUAAAUC